AUGGUCAGGAAAUUAUGUUUAACUUAUCUUUUUACCGGUACACUGCCAGAAAAUAACAAAAACAUCAUCGACAGAAACAACAUUAACAACAUCAACAAAAGCAACACCAACAACAACAUAAUCAUCAAAAACAUCAUCAACAAAAAUAUCAACAACAUCAACUACAUCAGCAUCAACAACAUCAACAACAAAAAUAUCAACAACAUCAGCUACGACGGCGGGUAUCUUUUUGCAUUUGAACCCUGUCCCUUCCACAACUGCGUCAAGCAUCCUAAACUAUCACACCAUCGCGUUGUCGAAAACGGGACAGCCACAGCAAAGCCACAAGAGUUACACCAAUUUAUACGCGAGGCAUCUAACAACGAAAUGAAUGUAUCCGACGACAACAACAACAACAAAAACAACACCAACGACAACACCACUUAA